GCAGCUCAAUCAAACACCGAUACAGUAUUUGGUACAACCAGUAACCCAGCAUAUCUCUGUCUGUUUGUAUGUCUACUGGGGAGAAUGUCAUGUUGUUGUUCUAACAUAUACUCCUUGUGUAUUCCAGGUCUCCAAGAAGGACUUUGAUGGAUUCAAGAAGCUGUUCCACAGGUUUCUGCAGGUGAAGGGGCCAUCGGUGGACUGGCCCAAGAUACACAGACCUCCAGAAGACUCAAUCCAGCCCUAUGAUAAGAUAGCAGCGCUGCCCCUGCCGGACAGCCUGGCAGACAGUCUCAACAAGCUGGUGGUCGUCAAGUUGAAUGGAGGCCUGGGGACCAGCAUGGGCUGUAAAGGCCCCAAGAGCCUCAUCAGCGUCCGCAACGAGAACACUUUCCUGGACCUCACCGUGCAGCAGAUAGAGCACUUGAACAAGAAGUACAACACAGACGUUCCUCUGGUCCUGAUGAACUCCUUCAACACGGAUGAAGACACCAAGAAGAUCCUUCAGAAAUACACACACCACCGUGUCAAGAUACACACCUUCAACCAGAGCAGGUACCCCCGUAUUAAUAAAGAGUCCCUCCUGCCUGUGGCCACAGACAUUGGUAUGACGGGUGAGAACGCUGACGUGUGGUAUCCUCCUGGCCACGGGGACAUCUACGCCAGCUUCUACAACUCUGGUCUGCUGGAUCAGCUCAUCACAGAGGGAGAGUACAUCUUUGUGUCUAACAUUGAUAACCUGGGUGCUACGGUGGACCUGAACAUCCUGCAUCACCUGGUGAGCCAGCCCAACGGGAAACGCUGUGAGUUCAUCAUGGAGGUCACCGACAAGACCCGCGCUGACGUCAAGGGCGGUACUCUUAUUCAGUAUGAUAACAAGCUGCGUCUGCUGGAGAUAGCCCAGGUCCCCAAGGCCCAUGUAGAUGAGUUCAAAUCAGUCACCAAGUUCAAGAUAUUCAACACCAACAACCUGUGGAUCUCUUUGGGCGCCAUCAAGAGGCUGCAGGAGCAGAACGCCAUGGACAUGGAGAUCAUCGUUAACCCCAAGACACUGGACGGCGGUCAGAACGUGAUCCAGCUGGAGACGGCGGUGGGCGCGGCCAUCAAGAGCUUCGACAACGCCCUGGGCAUCAACGUGCCGCGAUCCCGCUUCCUGCCCGUCAAGACCGUCUCCGACCUCCUAUUGGUCAUGUCCAACCUCUACAGCCUGGAGGCGGGCUCUCUCACCAUGAGCCAGAAGAGAGAGUUCCCUACCACGCCCCACGUCAAGCUGGGCAGCUCCUUUACUAAGGUAACUAACAUAACCUUACUAUAACUACUAACUAAACUU